UCUUCUCUGUUUUCUACAUUAUUCGAUCGGGUCCGGCGGAGAUCGAAGAAUGAUUGCAGACUUGGAUACUGCGUACUUCGACCCGAACAGCAUCGCCGUGCCAGAAGGUCCGGAUGUUGAGUUCCCGCGAACCCAGGAUCAUCCUCACAGUUAUCAUCUUCUUCAUCAAUUGCAAGAGAACGUUCCAGCUGAUUUCGCCGACUACAGCUGCGACAUUAGCAACGAUCACCCGACUGUAGAAAAAGCAAUUGAUGGAGAUCCCAGGAAUACUAGCAAUAACAGGGUGAUGCCUAAUUUCGUUGACGGUCAAGCUUCAAGUUGGAAUAGCAAUCAACCUGGACUACUGCAAGAUAUGUUGCAGCAACUUGUUGCCGACCAGGCGCAGAUGCAGAACGGUACCGCCACCCAAAAAUCAAGCGGCGAAGUUCCCCUGAUGCCGCCUCCGGAUCACCUAGGCUUCUUCCACCUCUUCCCCUCGGCCAGAUCCUCCUCAUCCACCUCGCCGCCGUGGCCUUCGUCCUCCUUGCUCCCGAAACCGCCGCUCUCGUACGCAAACCCUAACGCAUCUGCAGCAUCCUCGGUGCUGUACGACCCGCUCUUCCACCUGAGAAACUUGCAACCUCAGCCUCCACCAAUGGGAGAACUGCUGUACCCAUAUGCAGGCUUGGCCCAUGAGGAUAACAAUGGAGGGGAAUUUGCUGUCAACGGAGAAGGCGGGAUGACGACAACGGCGGCGAUGAUGAUGAUGAUGUAUGGGGAGGAUGAAGGGGUGUUGGAGAUGAUGGAGGGUGGCAACAGGGUUAAGAUUGGCAAGAGGAGGGGAGGGAACAAGCUGACCAAGCACUUUGCUACUGAGAGGGACAGGAGGACUCAGUUGAAUGAGAAGUAUGUUGCUCUGAGGGAUUUGAUCCCCAACCCCACCAAGUUUGAUAGGGCAUCCAUUGUGGGAGAUGCCAUUGAUUACAUCAAGGAGCUCUUGGUAACUGUGAACGAGCUGAACCUGCUCUUGGAGAGAAAAAGAUGGGGGAGAGAGAGGAGAUGCAAGAGACGGAGGGUCGCCGUCGAUGAGGAGGUGGAGGAGGAGGAUGCGGCUGUGGACGGAGGAGAGAGCUCCAUAACAGCGGUCACGCCGCCAGGCGACCCAGCCGAUCGGUCCUUCAACGGGGCACUGAGGAGCUCUUGUCUCCAGAGGAAGUCGAAGGCGACCGAGGUCGACGUGCGCAUCGUCAACGACGAGGUCACAAUCAAGCUCGUGCAGCGGAAGAAGAUCAAUUGCUUGCUGCUCAUGACCCGGGUCCUCAGCGAGCUUCAGCUGGACCUCCACCAUGUUUCCGGCGGCCACAUCGGUGAACACUACAGCUUCUUGCUCACCUCCAAGAUCUUCGAAGGCUCGACGGUGUAUGCGAGCGCGAUCGCAAGCAAGGUCAUAGAGGUUGUCGAUCGGCAGUAUUAUGCAGCAGCAGCAGCACCGCCGCCGCCGAGUAGCUGCAGCUACUAGGGUUCGACGAGGAGCCGGAGGAGGAGACCACGAUAAAGCCCCCUUAGUCUCUUUAUUUCUGGUCAUUUCUAAAUUUUCAGUACCUUGUUAU